GAUCUAUUUUUGGAACACUCUCGCUAGAUCUGGAGAACUCCGACAGCAGCCACACAACGCUAUCCGACGCAUCCACGCACAUGCGUGCACACACACAGCACAACGCACGGCCUACUGUGUUGCCGCAGUCGUAUGUGGUGCUGGAUGCCCUGGACUCAUACGCCACGCCCAAGAAGAUCCGCACCAUGAGUGCCCUGUACGCAACCAUUUCACGACAGUUUGGCACACAGAAC